AUGGAGAGGCCACUUGACGUGUGGAGCACGGGCCGGGCACACGCCUUCUCUCUCACCACCAUCUACUUUAGAAGGCCGGUCACCUCCGCACGCUCCAAGGUGGAAGCUCCUCAGCUGACUCUCACAGAGGCUCGUCCCUGGUUCAGGGCAGUGGAGGACAGCCCCUUCCUGGUAAGAGCAGACACGGACACUCUGCAGGAGCAUCCCACACGGGUACUGAAGGAGAACCCCGGCUCGGUGCCUGCCACAGCGCCUGGGAGCCCGGAGAAGUCAACGGUGCAGCCUGGCUUCCUCAGCCGGCCUCGUGCACUCUACAGCUGGCCCAUGCCCGUGGCCCGCACUCCCCCGGGCGGCCCCGCAGCCCUGGCCUGGGCCAACCAGAGCGGAGCGCGUGACUUCGUGCUGCUGGGCUUCGCGCACGUGCCCAGGCUGCGCCCGCUGCUCGCCGCACUCUUCCUGGCGCUCUUCCUGCUGGCGCUGCUGGGCAACACGCUCAUCGCGCUGCUGCCCGGCCUGGACCCCGCCCUGCGCGCGCCCAUGUACUUCUUCCUGCGCCAGCUGGCCCUGGUGGAGCUCUGCUUCUCGCUGGACGUGGCGCCGCGCCUGCUGCUGACCCUGCUGCGGCCCGGGCGUGGCGUGUCCCCCGCGGCCUGCGCCCUGCAGCUCGUGCUGUCGUGCGUCACGUCCGAGUGCUUCCUGCUGACCGCCAUGGCCUGGGACCGCUUCGUGGCCAUCUGCAGGCCGCUGCACUAUGGCGCCCUGGUGAGCCUCAGGCGCUGCCGCCUGCUGGCCGCUGCCUGCUGGCUGGCGGGAGUCCCCGUGGCGCUGGUCUUCACCGCCUGGCUGUUCAGCUUUCCCUUCUGCGGGCCGCGUGGCAUCCGCCACUUCUUCUGUGACAUCGCCCCUCUGCUCAGCCUGGUGUGCGCAGACACCAGGGUCUUCGAGGCCAACGUGUUGGCGGCCACGGUGCUGGUCAUCAUGGUUCCCUUCUGCCUGAUUGCCACAUCCUACGCCAGGAUUCUGGCCACUGUCCUGCGGAUGCCUUCGGCCUCGGGACGCCUCAAGGCUCUGUCCACCUGCGCGUCCCACCUCAUCGUGGUGAUUCUGUUCUAUGGCACCACGGGGGUCAUCCAUUUGCGCCCCAAGGCCAGCUACUCUCCUGAGAGCAAGCAGGUGGUGUCCCUGUCCUACACCCUGGUGACCCCCAUGCUCAACCCGCUCAUCUACAGCCUUCGGAACAAGGAGGUGAAGGCUGCCCUGGGGCGCCUGUGCCGGUGGCCUCGCCCGUCUGGACUCAGGGCAUGAGCUCUUGGGCCCAAGAUGGGAGUCAGAGUCAGCAUCUGCUUUUGCCCAGGAUCUUUGUGCAAGUGUGUGUAGCACUCAGACUCUCAGGGAACUGUCCUCUUUCUCUUUUCAGUCUGGGUGGCCCUAGUCUUGGAAAUCCCUGUGCCUUGUGCCGGGGCUCCUAGACGCACGGAUCACAUCUUUCUGCCCAAGCAAAGGCCCGUGACGGAGGCUUCCAGCCCCCAUGAGUACCUGGCAGCUGACAGGCUAAGCCGCCUGGGACAGCUGGAGUGUGGGGAUCAGCAGCUGCCACUGGAAUGCGAAGUAACAAGGCACCCAGUGUCUUAAGAGCCGCCAUCUGUUCUCCUGAACCUGCCCUCGGCUGAGUGCUGCUAAUCCAGCCUGGGCUCCUGUUCAUCCGGGUGACGUUGCUGAUA